AUGGCGACGUGCUUCUGCUGCCCCAAACCUCGCUACAAACGGCUGGUUGAUGGGCUCUUCCCAGAGGACCCUCAAACACCCACACCUGUGUCUGCUAAUAUAGACAAGCUGCUCUUCUUUGUUCAAACCUCCCCUGACCAUCUGGACAAUAUUGGAGAGCAUGUGAGUGUGGCUCUGCAAGUGACGGAGAAGCUGCUGUCAGCCUGUGACUCACGAAAGCUCCAGUUGAUUGUGGAUAGCUACCUGGAUAUACUGCAUAAUAUGCUGGAAACUAGCAACACAGAACUGGCCACCAAUUCGUUUGUGAAGUUUGCCGAGCGAGAGGAAGGGAACACCCCCUACCACAGACAGUACGACUUCCUCAUCCACCGCUUUGCCUCUCUUAGCCUCACCAAGAAUGUCGACGACGCCGACAAAUAUCACGAGACGCAGAUGGCUGGGUUGCAACGGCAGAGGGGAGUGAUAAAGAAGAUUGGUAGGCAAGACAACCUCCAGAUGAACAUUUGGGACCUUGAUCACAUGAACAAGAUAGUGCCGCCCUUCCUCUUCAAUAUGCACAGUCACAGUGUCGCCCAGUCAAGAGAGUCUGGUGAGAUCCAGCCUGUUGUGGAGGAGGGAGACAGUCUGGGAGGGUACUCUCAGGAUAGUCUCACUGAGCUCAUCACUUUUGCCAGACUCUCUCACAUCGACAGUGUCCUCAAGCCAAUACUGCAACACUUUGACCUAAACAAACUAUGGAUAUCAGACAAGGAAUUCACAGCUGGUGUGUACGUCAUCGUUGUGGAAGCCAUGCAGCCCCCCAGCCCCCCAGUGUACAUUAUCUUAUCCCCCACAGCCCCGAGUAGACAGGAUCGGUACAAGGCCGUCCAGUCGCUGGUGGACCACCUGGAUGCCAAGGUGAAGGAGUCCUGGGAGACCAAACAAGGGAUCCUCGGCACACUCUCUAAGUGUGUUUCCGUGGCAGCAGACAGCUCUCUAGGUCCGUCUGUACUGGAUAUAUUCCGUACACUGGUUCGCCACCUCCGUAUCUCCAUAGAAACCGUUUCAGAAAGCCCCUCCGAUCUCAUGUCCUCUCUGACCUUUCAGCAAUCCAUCACUAUCACUGUGGGGGAGUUUGCACGAGUCCUUCCCGACUAUCACAAGCCAGAUAUACUGGGGCUCAUCAACUCUUAUGUACCCGUGGCCUCAGGGGGUCUUGAUAGCGGAGCCACCACUGGACUGUCUGUACAUCCUCUGGCAUCUCAGGACACUCAAAACAGUUUCCUGUCAUAA